AUGCAAGCAGUCGGCCGUUUACGGGCUAGCGGUGCUCAGCGUGCUAUCCUUGUGGCUGGAAGACGCCAAGCGAAUGUACAUGCGGUGAGGUCGAGGACACCAGCACUCGCGAGGGGAAUCCAGUCAGUCGCGCAGACGGACAGGGAUACCAUCACCCGCUUGCUCUACUCGAUUGGUACCAAACGCGAGGUCGAGCGGUACCUGCGAAUCUUCUCCUCUUCGUCGGAUGUUUCCCAGCCAGCGAAGUUCGCAGUAAUCAAAAUCGGCGGUGCCGUACUCGACCAGAUUGAUGAACUCGCACUCAGCCUCAGUUUCCUAUACCGAGUUGGCUUAUAUCCGGUGGUCCUCCAUGGUGCUGGUCCUCAGUUGAACAGCAUUAUCGAGAGCGAAGGUGUCGUCCCAGACUACAUCGACGGUAUUCGUGUGACAGAUGCGAAGACGUUGCAAAUUGCGCGUCGCGUCUUCCUAGAGGAGAAUUUGAAGCUCGUCGGCGCGCUCGAGAAAUUGGGCACUCGCGCACGUCCUAUAACUUCGGGUGUUUUCACUGCUGACUACCUAGACAAGGAGAAGUACGGCCUGGUGGGGAAGAUCACAAAGGUCGACAAGCGGCCCUUGGAGGCGGCCAUCCGUGCAGGAGCGUUGCCGAUCUUGACUAGCUUAGCCGAGUCUGAGGCUGGUCAGAUUCUCAACGUCAAUGCGGACAUUGCGGCUGGGGAGUUGUCGAAGGAGCUUGAACCACUCAAGAUUGUUUUCUUGAAUGAAAAGGGCGGUCUGUUCCAUGGCGUUACGGGAGAGAAGCUCGAUGUCAUCAAUCUCGAUGAGGAAUACGAAGCGCUAAUGAAGCAGCCGUGGGUGAAGUAUGGCACCAAGCUCAAGCUACGAGAGUUCAAGGAACUGCUCGACCACCUACCCCGGUCGUCCUCGGUUGCUGUCAUAAGCUCAGACAUGCUUCAGCGCGAGCUCUUCACAGACAGCGGAGCAGGCACCUUGAUCCGUCGCGGCUACAAGCUAUUCCACCACAACUCUAUUGACUCUGUCGGCGCGGACCGUCUGCGUCAGGUCAUUCAUGAUCGUGACCCCGAUGUUCAAGCAGGCGACGACAGCGUUGCUGGAGUCCUCAACAGCCUAAAGGAGACUCCUUACACCAUCUACGGUGAUGAGCCUUUGGACGUCUUAGCGAUCGUCUCUCGUCCGGAGGACGAGGUGCCCAUCAUGACGAAGCUCCUAGCCUCACGGAGCGGCAUCAUGAAUGGCAUUGUCGACAACGUCUUCAACGCAAUCAAGAAGGAUCACCGCAAGCUGUUCUGGACCGCCAGGGCAAACGACGAGAAUCGCGCGUGGCAUUUCGAGCGGGCGGACGGGAGCUUCACGCGUGCGGGCAAGUCGCUGUUCUGGUAUGGCGUGCAGGAUGUCCAGGAGGUGGAGCGUAUCGUGAAGAACUUUGAACAGAAGGGCAGGAUCAGCCGUUCAUACUUGCCUGUAGGCCCAUCCGCUCCUCCUCAUCGCGGUACCGGCACUGGCGUCCGUUCGUACUCCACGUUUGCCAGGCGCUUCCCAGGAUCAUCACGAGGCUACGCUACCGCUGCCGCUGCCGCAUCAACCGAACCUAAGCGUCUUGCUCUUGUAGGUGCGCGUGGGUUUACUGGCCAGGCGUUGACGACGCUACUGUCAUCCCAUCCUUACCUCAAUCUAACCCACGUCUCGUCCCGCCAACUGGCAGGGUCCCCUCUUGAGAGCUACACCAAAGCCGCUGUGUCGUAUUCUGAUCUCUCCGUGAAGGAUGUUGAAAGGAUGGAGAAGGAUGGGGAGGUAGAUGCGUGGGUGAUGGCGCUGCCGAAUGGCGUCUGCAAGCCUUUCGUGGAUGCGGUAGAUCGUGGCACGAAGGAGCGCAAGAACGGAGAAGGAAGCGUCGUUAUAGAUCUUAGUGCGGACUAUCGUUUCGAGGACGGCUGGACAUAUGGGCUUCCGGAGCUCUACUCGCGCUCGGCAAUCCGUGAAUCGAAAAGGAUCUCCAACCCGGGGUGUUAUGCGACGUCGUCGCAGCUCCUCGUCGCUCCCUUGUUGAAAUAUCUCAAGUAUGACGCCUGGCCAACUGUCUUCGGUGUGUCGGGUUACAGCGGUGCUGGGACAGUCGCGGGACAGUCCGCAGCGGACGGCCGCCCGACCACUGUGCCCAAGGUGUCUCCUGAGAGCCUAAUGGGUGGCAUUAAGCCAUACGCCCUGACAGACCACAUCCACGAGCGCGAAGCCGGCCGACACCUCUCACGUCUGCUGAAGGACCCCUCGAGCCCGAUGAAGGUCGCAUUUGUGCCGACCGUGGCGCCAUGGUUCAGCGGCAUCCUCUCCGUGAUGUCCAUGUCUCUGAGCGAGAAGGUGACCGCCAAGGACGUGAAAGCGUUGUAUGAGGAGAGCUACAAGGACGAGAAGCUUGUGCGGAUUCAGCGGGACGUCCCGGUGGUUCCUGACGUCGCGAACCAGCACGGGUGGACUGUGGGCGGUUUCCAGGUCCAUAGCGAGGGCGACCGCGCAGUCGUAGUGGGCGGCUUGGACAACCUGCUUAAGGGAGCUGCUACGCAGUGUCUACAAAAUCUUAACCUUGCCCUGGGUUACGACGAAUAUGCGGGAAUCCCGCUCCCCCAAUGA